CACCAUCACCGCAUUAUACGCCAAGAUUAUACCAAACUUCGAGUUCGAACAACCGAGGAAUCAGUCGUUCAAAAUGAUAAUCGACCUGAAUAAGAUCUUGCUUCUUCUAGCUGCUGCCGGGACAAUCCAUGCCGGGAUCAUUCGUGCCAACGAAGAUGUUGACAAGCGUGCACCAACAUCAGUACGAGUAUGGCCUAGACAGCCGCAAGAAUCUCAAAUUAGCUCGUCUUUCGCACCCUUUCUCUGCAACCCAGAUUUGCAGAUAUGCGGCAAUGGUAAUGACUCCAAGACGUACAAAUGCAGGAUGCGUUGCACUGCAUGGAAUGGUUGUAUACCCCAAUCUGAUGGAACAGCCUACUGCUCUUAAGAACCAGCUGUUCGAUUGAUGGUCCGGGUUGUGGGCAGCGUUAGAUCGAUUGAGCUUUAUCUGGAGCGCGGGGGCAAACAUCACGUAUCCUGUAACACG